AUGCGAGUCUUGUCCAAGGCAUUCUUACUGUCAUGUCUUACUUCUCUCGUAUCUUCUCAAAACAUUGUCAGUCUCGUAGGUAGCGAUUGGACCCUUUCGAACGACGCCCUCAACAUCUCAGUCCCCGCCGAACUACCCAGCUAUGCGCAGCUUGAUCUGUACGCCGACCAGGUCAUUGGGGAUCCUCUGUAUGGCAGGAACAACUUCAACCUCCGCUGGAUCGUCUGGUCGAAUUGGACCUACACUUCAGCGCCGAUCCAAGGUCUGUCCUCGAACGCCAGCAGCACUUGGUUACUCUUCAACGGCCUAGACACAUUUACGUCCAUCUCGUUCUGCGGCGAACAUGUAGCAUCCACCAACAAUCAAUUUCGGCAGUACUGGUUCGACGUUUCAGACAUUCUGCGAUCAUGCGGUUCACAGGACAAGAUAUUGAGCAUCAACUUUGGCUCUGCAGCCAACAUUGCCAACGAUAUUGCGAAUGAGCCAGGGCAAGAGACGUGGCCUGAUGGAGUCAACCAAUUGUACCAAUUCGUCAACCGCAACUUUGUACGAAAAGAGCAGAGUGAUUUUGGUUGGGACUGGGGCCCUGCUUUCGUCCCCGCUGGUCCAUGGCAGCCAGCUUGGGUGGUGCAAUUGGGACAAAACGAAGUGCAGGUCCGCAACAGUCUUGUGGACAUCUACAGACAAGGUCAACUCAACAAUCUACCUGCGCCUCAAGGCCAACCUUGGGUUGUGAACGCAAGCUUGGAUUACUUUGGCAGCCUUCCUCAAGGAGCAUCGCUGACUUACAAGCUCACAAGCCGAGACAACGAAACGACGGUCUCUACCGGUUCGCUGGGCGAUGUGAACACUACGGCGUCGACUGUGACAGGCUCCACGACGCUACCUUCGGAUGCGGUGGAACUUUGGUGGCCCGUAGGGAUGGGAGAUCAGAAUCUUUACUACAUGACCGUCGACCUGGUUUCUGCUGCGAACCAGACAUUGGCCACGGUGACCAAAAGAGUUGGAUUCCGUACAAUCAUUCUCAAUGGCAACCCUGUCUCAGAUGAGGAACUGGCAUUAGGGAUUGCUCCCGGAAAUAACUGGCAUUUUGAAGUCAAUGGUCAGCCUUUCUUCGCUAAGGGCUCAAACUUCAUCCCACCAGAUGCGUUCUGGACCAGAGUCACCCCUAAGAGGAUCAGUGAUCUCUUUGAUACGGCGAUUGCUGGCAAUCAAAAUAUGUUGCGCGUGUGGAGCUCUGGCGCGUAUGCACCGGAUUUCAUGUACGACCUUGCGGACGAGAAAGGCUUGCUCUUGUGGAGCGAGUUCGAGUUUGGGUGUUCCUUGUACCCGGUCUACCAAGAGUUCCUCGAUAACGUUCGCGAAGAGGCUGGAUAUCAAGUGAGGCGAGUCAAUCAUCAUCCCAGCUUGACACUGUGGGCUGGAGGAAACGAAAUGGAGAAUUUGGAGCUCGCAACCGCGAAUGAGACCGCACCUGAGGAGUUUCCACGUCUCCAGGCAGAAUACGAAACGCUCUUCCUGGGAGUCCUCUUGCCAGCUGUAUACGGCAACAGCAGGUCAAUCUCAUAUCAACCAUCCAGCACUUCCAAUGGCUGGCUGUAUCUCAACCACUCGGCGCCAAUGCCAAUGAUUCAGCGAUACAACAACAAGACUGAAGGUGCAGUCUAUGGAGAGUCGGAUUACUACAACUACAACCCAUCGUUCCUCGGCAACACAUCGUCUUACCCAGUGGCGCGCUUCUCCAACGAAUUCGGCUUCCACUCCAUGCCAUCGUUGCAGUCCUGGCGCCAACAGAUCGCCGAAAGAGACCUCCAGUUCAACUCCACAACCAUCCUCCUCCGCAACCAGCACAACCCACCAGGAAACCUCAACAUCACCAACCUCGCCAACUCCUCCACCGGACAGUACCAAAUGACCGAAGCCAUCAUGCAAUGGCUCCCAAUCCCCAACAAAACCGACUCCGUAGCCAACUUCUCCGCCUGGUGCCACGCCACGCAAAUCUUCCAAGCCCAAUUCUACACCUCCCAAAUCGAAUUCUACCGCCGCGGAGCCGGCCUCCCCAACCGCAACCUCGGCAGCCUCUACUGGCAACUCGAAGACAUCUGGGUCGCACCCACCUGGGCCGGAGUCGAAUACGACGGCCGCUGGAAAAUGCUCCACUACGCCGCCAAAGACCGCUACGAACCCAUCAUCAUCGCCCCGUACUACAACCGCACCACCGGCAACCUCACCGCGUGGGUCUCCAGCGAUUUGUGGACGUCCGCCCAAGGCACAGCGACCUUCACCUGGCUGGACUGGGCCGGCAAUGAACUCACCCUCCCAAACACGACGAAGUCUGUAGAUUUCACCGUCGGCGGCCUCAACAGCACCCAAGUCCUCCAAACCUUCACCACCUCCCUCCCAGACCCCAACAACACCAUCCUCAAACUCUCCGUCUCCGCGCAAGGCUCCCUGCCCAACUCCAACCAAACCCAAACGUUCAAACACUCGAAUUGGUUCACGCCUACUGGACUCAACACGGCGAAACUCGGAGAUCCGGGGUUAGAACUGAGUUAUUCGGAGGUUUCGAGGAAUUUCACGGUGACGGCGACGCAGGGUGUGGCGGCGUAUGUGUGGUUGGAUUAUCCGAGCGGGGCGGUGGCGCAUUUUGAUGAUAAUGGGUUUUGGUUGGGGAGGGGGGAGAGGAGGGAGGUUGGGUACACGGUGGUGAGUGAUGCGACGAGUGGGAGGUGGGUUGAGGGGGUGACGGUGCAGUCGAUUUGGAAUCAGACGUUGGCGAUGUAG